AUGACAGUCAAUCGCCAUAAAGACCAGACUGGACAUUCUCUUCUCACAAUCUACUGGGCGACACCACAAGAUAGCUCCUCACUCGACAUGAAAAAUAAAAACGAAUCGGAAAUACUACAGAAACUAAUCAAUGUGACAAAUGCCAUUCCUCGCGAGACGGAUGCGGAGGAGGCUGCGGAGGUUGAUGAGGUGGCGGAAGACAAGAAAAGAAGAGACGCACACCGCCAAAGACAAUUGGGCUUCAACGAAAGGAGGAAGAGAGAGCUCGCUAUGCUGGAGAAAGCUAGAGGUAGUACGGGAUAG